CAUCCGUGGGACUGGCAUUCCCAUUCCAGCAUGCCCGUGAAUCCUCCUCCAGACUCAUCCCGGGCAGGGCGAGACGCGGGGGGAGGGAUAAAAUGAACAGGCUGAAGACAGAAGGGAACCACCGAGCAGCCCGGUCCCGGCAGCCACGAGUCCUGCUCCACAAGCGCAGCAGACACGGGAGAGGUUUUGUGGGAUUGCUGCCCGUGGGUUCCUUGGCUCUUUCUGCAGGAAUGCUGAGCCAGAGAGUCCGGGCAGUGUGAGCGCCACCCCUGCAGGAUGUGUCCCCGGGACAGAGCCCGGAAUCGGGAGAGUUAAAUCCGGGGGGAGUGAGGGAGUGCCUCUGGGACACCCCUCACAGUGACAUCGGCAGCUGAGAGAAGCCAUGGCACCCAAGAAAGCCAAGAAGAGGAUUGAAGGUGCUAAUUCCAAUGUCUUCUCCAUGUUUGAGCAGGCCCAGAUCCAGGAAUUCAAAGAGGCAUUCACCAUCAUGGAUCAGAACCGGGACGGCUUCAUCGACAAGGCAGAUCUGAGAGACACCUUUGCUGCCCUUGGGCGCCUGAAUGUGAAGAACGAGGAGAUCGAUGAGAUGAUAAAGGAGGCACCGGGCCCGAUCAACUUCACCGUGUUCCUCACCAUGUUUGGGGAGAAGCUCAAGGGUGCGGACCCGGAGGAGACAAUCCUGAAUGCAUUCAAGGUGUUUGAUCCAGAGGGGAAAGGCCUGAAAUCUGCCUACAUCAAAGAAAUGCUGAUGACGCAGGGGGAGAGGUUUUCCCAGGAAGAGAUCGAUCAGAUGUUCGCUGCCUUCCCUCCGGACAUGUCUGGCAACCUGGACUACAAGAACCUGGUCCAUGUCAUUACUCACGGUGAAGAGAAGGACUAGCCCAGGCUCAGGGCUGGGGCUGCCACUGCAAGCACCUCUCCCUAGGUCACACAGGGGUUCCCUUUCCUCUUCCCCUGGAGAGGCACGUGCCGGGGAAUUUGGCACGGGAAUGGCAUUCACAUUAAACAGCCUUUUGGCAAGAGGAAAUCCA